AAAAUUCAAGAUUUUAAUCAAAUUUAGAUUUCAACUCUGAGUCGGUUGUGAAAUUGAAUUGCAUUUUGGGAUCCUAAAUCCCCCAUUUUAGUAUCACACUCAUGUUUUACUAGUAUUAGCUUUUCAAAUCCUCUUCAAAUUCAACUUGUCAAAUUACAAGUUCAAGAAAAUGUGAGUUCUUCCAUACUUAUAUCAAACCUCUUGCACAUCUAUAUAUAUAUAUAUAUAUAAUAAUUUAAUUCAUUAAAUUAACAUAAUGUCACACAACUAUAGUAUUCCACAUCUUUUGGUUGUGAUUGCAUGCUUAGAAAUAGGGGGAAAACAUGAGAAAACUUAGUGAAUAAUUGAAGCAGCCCUAAAAAAAAGGAUCAAGUGAUGCUACCUACCAACCAAAAGAAGAUAACUAUAUUUCAGCCACAUUUCUAGCUCUCUCUCUCUACCAAUUUCUCAUCUUUUCUCAUUAUGCUUUUCCACUAUCCAAAAACAACACUUUGGUUCUUUUCCUCCUAAUUAUUUUGGAGAAAGAACAAAAAAAUCUCUCUCCUAAUCUCAUCCAAAUUCAUGACAAAGAUUCUUGAUUGAGAGACCAAAAACAUGGAUAUCAAUGCACACGAUGCUAAACUUUGCAUGUGGAAAAUGAUGAAAAAAUCAACAAACACAUGCUUUAAUGUCGUCAAAAGACAUCUAUAUGUUACAUCAUGUUUGUUUUUCUUGCUCCUCAUUUACUUGUGUUGCCCUCUCUUCUUCAGGAUCGUGAUCUACUUUCUCCCGGCCGCCGUCUCCAUGUGGGUGGUUCUCCACAUUCGGGACAGGCGGAGAUGCAAGGAGGAUAGAGAGAAAGAGAUCGAGCAAAAGGAGAGAGAGAGCGGCGUGAAAAUGGUCAAAUUUGUAGAGGAGGGAAAGGGAGAGGGAAAUGGGAAGGUGAGGAUCAAGAAGGCCUUCUCGCGCGUGCACUCUGUGAGACGGAGAAAGGCCAAGGAGAUCGAGCAAGGAGAGGACCCCUACGUUCCGGUCAAGAGGAAUGUUGGCGAUGUGGAUGCAUACGAGGAGUACGGGGACGAUGAGGAAUAUAAUCUAACGGAUCCCAACAAGGAUUUGGUGGAUAAAACGGCUCUCGUAGAAGAGAGCCCCAAAGAGAUACACGAAGUCCAAGUGGACUUCUCACCUAACAUUUUGAUAAGCAAUACAAUCUACCACGACCCCGAGGUCUUGAGGAGCCUGAGGCUCCUUAAAGACGAGGAGGAUGUGCGAGAAGAGGCGGGUAAGGCCAUGGACAUGAACAUAGCCGAGGCCAAGCGGCUCGAGAGCUUGAUCGCGAGACGGCGGUCGAAGAAGGUGGUAAGCCAGCGUGCCAAGAGGUCCUUGAUGAACAAUGUUGCUACAAUGGGGGCUCAGAUGCCUCCCAUUGCUAUACCAAAAAUUAGCUCAUGGGGUAGCCCUACCCGAUCCAUCCACCCGAUCUCGCCUGGCCCCGGCUCCGCCCCGUCAAUGCUGGGACCGACGAGGAAUCCGUUCGACCUCCCGUAUGAUCCACUCGAGGAGAAACCUAACCUAACAGAGGACGGUUUCCAACAAGAGUUUGCAUUAGGACCCAACAGAGAUUUUAUGUUUUGUAGGCAUGAGAGCUUCAGUUUAGGCACUUCUCUGCCCAUGGAUUUCUUUGAGGAAUGCGAUGGCGCGUCGUUGAUUGAUGAUUUCGGGUUCAAACGACGACAAUCGUAUGUCGGAUAUCAAUGCCCCAGGCCAGAAACUGAAGACUCAGACGCGGAUUUGGGUACUACAACUGAGGCAGAAUCCGGACACGAGUCUAACUCGGGUCCGGAUUCUAAGUCGAAUCUGGAUAUCCUUGAGAAUGAUCAGAUCAAGGAAGUCAUCCAAGUGCACGAGAAUGGUAGCCCAGAAGAUUGUGAUGACGAGCCAAACACGAGGUCUAAUGCACUAGAAGAGCUAAGCUUGGGCGAGGCCUCGACCGGGUCGUCCAACGAAGAUGUGACGCCUGUCUGCAGAAUAAACCGAGAAGCAAUACUGAAAUCACUCUCGAUACGAAGAAACUCUGUCUCGGUCCCAAAUAUGGAAAACGAGCAUUUACAAGAAAACAAUCUGAGCUACGCCAACUCUGCCCUAGAGAAUGCAAGCAGAUUGAAGCAGCAAUAUUUCGCCGAUAAGCUGCAAAGGCGCCACGGCAUGACCUUCUCGAUCGCCUCCGACAUGCAGGUCGAGGCCUCCGAGCUCAGCUCCCCUCCGCUCACAAUAGGCGAGAACACGUCCUACCAAGAGGACAAUUCCUCCUGGGACGGCAUGGACUCGUGGGCCGGCUCGUCCCGUCUGUCCGAGACUGAGGACAAUGAAACGAGGCUGCCCCGAGCAAAUGAGGCGGCUCCAACCAGAAGCAAGAGAGCAGAUGAUGAGAAAGCACCUGGCAUCCCAUCAUCUGCUUCUGCAUCUGGGUUGCAGGCGACAAGUCUGCACAGUAAAACCACUGCGCAGACUUCCUCGCUAGAAUCCAGUUCUGACGAAAAUCCUAGCGAGGAGCAGUCGCCUGCUGCAGCAGAAGAUGCUUCUGUUGCAACAACCGAAAUGGCUGCGAGCAAUGAAGCGGGUUUUGAGACCCCGGCCGCCACGGGCUCCAACAAUCAUCCGACCAUAUCACCGAAAUCCGUGCUACAGCCAGUACCAUCCGCAGUGAGUUUCGAACACGAGGAUCAUGAUGAGGUCCAGCCGUCUGGAACUCGCCCGGCUGACCAUUCGAGCUCAAACGCACCCUCAGACUCGUGGGUGCAGUUUACCGUUGGCACGAGCUCGAAUCGAGGCGCUGAAUCACCGCAGCAAAACGACCAUAAACUAAAGCAAGUGGUCGAGAGCGGAGCCUCAGACAGUGAACACGCGUGGCUCGAAAGCGACUCAUCGACUUCGCUAUCAUCCGAAGUAGAAUCCAGCGACAUGGAUUGCAUGAACGUGGAAUCCAAGAUUCAAGAAAUCCUUGCGUUUGAGGCUGCAAAUUCCAGCAAUUGGGCAAACAAGGGGAAGAUGGUUAUUGACGAAUCAUCACAUGAGCAAGACGACACCUCUAUAAGCAGCGGGGACUAUGAUUCAGAACUCGACGAACGCAUGUAUUUGCCCGAAGGAGGUGGAUUCAAGUAGAAAAAAAAUCAUUCUCUGCUUCAAUCUCCAAGUUAGGAAUGUAUGAACUAGCUAGUUACUUGCCAACUAACUUUUCAAGUAGUGGCUAUGACAUGUUAAACAUUCACAUUUUAUAGUUGCAAUAUUUUGCAGGAUAGAAGAUUUCGAGUGUCGAAGAUGAAGAUGGUUGUUUAUAAUGUAACAUAUCUUGAAGAGGUUAGGAUAAAAAGGUGGUGAACCCAAAUUUUAGCUUAUAAAUAGAAAAUAUAUGCAUAAGAGAUAGAUAGAUAGAUAUAUAUACAUUGUGAAGAUCAUUAGUGUGUGUUGUAUAAACUUAUUACAAUUGGAUAGCAUGUAGGAUAUGCCAGCUUAAAUUAGAGGUUCACUACUUAAAUAUUUAUUAGAUCAAUUGUAUUAUUAUUAAGAAAGGGUUAACUUUCAAUUUGCUCAACAAAUUAAAUUGUUGGUUAA